CCACUGAGGGCGAAGCAGGUUGGACUUUUGGCGACUUUUGGCUCUUGGCAACUAGGGCAUCUUCUUUGACUCUCACCAGAUGCGAAAAGGCACCUCUCCUCUCUCUCUCUCUCUCAAAACUUCACUAGAUUCUCUCUCUAUAUAAGGAGUUCGAGUCUCCUUUAGCUUGUGCUCCUCCAAAUUUCGGCUUUGGGCUCCCUCAAAUCGUCUUCAAAUCUAUCUGUAAACAUGUCAACCAUGAGACUUCCCUCCCAUUGCGUAGUCAGAAGUGCACCCCAGAGCCAAACGGCCCGUGCUUUUCUCAGGAGCCCAUCCUCUCUAGGAUCUGUGAAAAGCAUCUCUAAAGUCUUUGGCUUGAAAUCUUCUUCCGGUUUUAGAGCAUCCGCAAUGGCUGUUUACAAGGUUAAGUUGAUUGGACCAAAUGGCGAAGAGAAUGAGUUUGAUGCUCCUGAUGAUACUUACAUCCUAGACGCAGCGGAGAGUGCGGGGGUUGAUCUGCCCUAUUCUUGCAGAGCUGGUGCAUGCUCCACCUGUGCCGGGCAGAUGAAGUCAGGUUCCGUCGACCAGUCUGAUGGAUCAUUCCUUGACGACAAUCAGAUGAAGGAAGGUUAUUUGUUGACUUGCGUUGCCUAUCCGACUUCAGAUUGUGUGAUUCACACUCACAAGGAAGGUGACCUUUUCUAAGUGUUUAAAUUUAGGUCAUACCUCUGAUUUGGUGAAUGCAGAAUAAUGGGGUAGUUUUAAAGUAUUCUUGUUUAGAGUUGUUGUCAGGGAUGUUACAACCAUUGUUGGACCAGUUGGUACUUCUUCAGAGUGUUUGUUUUGUUGCACACUGCUCUUUUAUUGUUUGUUGUUAUUUUUUGUAAACAAUUAUUUAUUAGCUCAUCUAUAUUAUAAGGUUUUGCUUCAA